AAUAGGUUAUGGCGUCGAACAAAUAUUCAAAACUUUAGUAGGAGGUUGGUUGAAAGUUUUUCGAAAAAGGGCCAAAUUAAAAAAAAACUGAGUCCGCGUUGUGCGUUGGUGCUGUCGCACGAAGUUAAGUCAACCCAAUGUCAUCCCAAUUCCAAAUCGCGUAGUUGAUUCUUUACUGCGGAAGAAUAGAAAUAGCAUUUCAUACCUUUGUUUUGGUCCUUGGAUCUCUCCGCAGCUUUCCUCUUCCAACCUCAAGCUUUUACUGGAGUUCGCAGUGCUGCUGCAGCAGCAGCACACGCAGCUUCGUAGCAUCAGGCCAGGGCGUGGGACUCGGAAGAGACGCCACCAUCGGAGGAGCUCUCUCCUCGCUGAACAUCAUUUGAGAUGGCAGAGGCAGCACUCCUUGCUCUCUCGAAGAUUGGGUCCUAUUUGGGAGGAGAAGCGGCUACCUUCAUUGCAACCAAAUUUUCUAAUUUGAUCGAGCUACCAAAUACUGUGAGGCGUAUUCGGAGGGAACUUCUGAUGAUGAACAUCUUUAUACGUAAGACAGGUGCAUCCUAUCUCAGUGACGAGCUCCUCAAGGCUUGGAUCACAGAAGUGAGAAUACUGGCCUACCGUGUCGAGAACAUAAUCGACAACUUUUCAUACCACUCUCUUCAAUUCAAGCAAGACCCUAAAGGGAAAAAGUUGGCGAAUGGAUUAAGCUACGGUCUAGUGUUUAGUGGGAUUGCUGCUGAUCUAGCUCAGAUAGAGAAGGAAAUAGAGCAUGUUUCGAAGUUGAAGAAUCUCUGGUUGAACUCAGUCCAUGAGCUUCUUCAUACUCAAGUUAGCAGUGCUGAACAGCAAUUCCCUCAAUACAGUUUGCCCCAAAUUCUAAAAGAUGAAAACCUGGUGGGGUUAAAGGAAGAAAGAGAGCAGUUAAAGGAAUGGUUGAUUCCCAAUGCACCUGUCAACAUGACAAAUAUACCAGCUCUCAAGGUGGUAACUUUGUCGGGUAUGGGUGGGAUGGGAAAGACCACCCUGCUCACUAGUGUGUAUGAUAAGCUGAAAGAUAUCUUCGAAAUCCAUGCUUGGCUCACUGUCUCACAGACAUACAGAAGUGUCGAUACUUUGCUGAAGGAGCUACUAAAGAUUGUUAGUGCCUCUGAGCACACAACUCUUGUUAACAAUGACUAUCAGAAGGAAGUGAUUGUACCAGUUGAUAUUGAUAUAAGAGACAAGAAACAGCUGAAACCAGAUGUCAUCGACAAGAUGGGCAUCUUAGACUUGAAGAGUACUUUAAAAGCAGUCCUGAAACAUAAGAGAUAUAUAGUUGUGUUAGAUGAUGUAUGGAAUCGUUGUGUUCACGAUGGAAUAAGCGAUGUGUUUGAAGAUUGUGGGAAGGAAAGUCGCAUUGUCAUCACAACAAGGAAACAAGAUGUAGCUGCACUUGCCACACCAGGUUACCAGCUCAACCUAAACCCAUUAGAUAUCAAAGAUGCUCUCCAGCUUUUCUGUACAAAAGCUUUUCCCAACAAAAACCACUUUGAUUGGACAUCAGUACUUCUUGAACAUGCUAAAGAUAUGAUGAAGAGAUAUGAAGGUCUUCCAUUGGAAAAGUGCCCACUCGAGCUUCAAGAGCUUGCUACUCAUAUUGUAAGGAAAUGUGAGGACUUCUCAGUGUCAAAGUGUCCAUCUGAGCUUCAGGAUCUUGCAACUUAUACCGUAAACAAAUUUAAGGGAUUCUCACUAUCAGCAUGCCCAUCAGAGCUUCAGAAUCUUGCUACUGAUAUUGUAAACCAUUGUAAGGAUUUACCUCUGGUGAAGUGUCCAUCAGAACUUCAGGAGAUUGCUAUUGACAUUGUAAAGAAAUGUAGGGGUUUGCCGCUGGCUAUUGUAUCAGUAGGCAGUAGGUUGUCUUCAAGAAAGCAAAUAGUGCCAGUUUGGAGGCAGAUGUGCAAUGAACUUCCUUGUGAGCUGGAAAAAGAUGACCAGGUUCGAGGAAUUCUAAAUCUUAGCUACUAUGACUUGCCAAGUGAUCUUCGAAACUGCUUCCUGUACUGCAGCCUGUUUCCGGAAGAUUACCACUUCUCAAAGGACGAUCUUGUGCGACUGUGGGUUGCUGAAGGAUUUGUUGAAAAGAAAGGGGACAACACUCCUGAGGAGGUAGCAGAGGGCUAUCUUACUGAGCUGAUCCACCGUAAUAUGCUGCAACUUGUGGAAAAUGAUGAGCUUGGCAGGGUGAACACAUGCAAAAUGCAUGACAUUUUAAGAGAGUUGGCCCUUCACAUCUCUAAAGCCGAAAUGUUUGGUACAGUAAAUGAUUUUGGUGCAAUGGUGCAGAUGGACACAGAUGUUCGUCGCAUAUCUUCAUAUGGAUGGAAGAAGAUGAAAAAAAAUAAAUCCAAGUUGAAAUUUCCGCACCUCCGAACCCUGAUGGCAAGUGAUACCAUUGUGGACUAUGUACCAUCAAUACUAUCUGAAUCCAAGUACCUUACUGUCCUUGAGCUCCAGAAUUCUGAUUUCCAGGCACUGCCUACAUCUAUAGGAAAUCUCUUUAAUCUGAAAUACAUUGGCCUAAGAAAUACAAGAAUAACGUCACUGCCAGACUCCAUUAAGAAUCUCUCCAAUCUUCAAACUCUUGAUGUCAAAUCAACUAGUAUAAAAGCUCUGCCACCUGGUAUAGUGAACCUCACUAAGCUAAGGCACCUUCUUGCUGACAAAUUUGCUGAUAAGAACCAGUCAGAGUUUCGGUACUUUGUCGGAGUGGACGCUCCAGAAGGGCUUUCGAACCUUGAAGAGUUACAGACUCUUGAGACUGUGCAAGCAAGCAUGGACUUACCGGAACAACUUGAUAACCUUUUGCAACUAAGGAGCCUGUGGGUAGAUAACAUCACUUCUGCCCACUGUGCAGGGCUUUUUGCUACCUUAUCAACUAUGCCACUUCUUUCCAGUUUGCUUCUAUCUGCAGCUGAUGAAAAGGAGACACUUCUCUUGAACCAUUUCAAUCCAACUUGCACGAAGCUCCACAAGCUAAUUGUGAGAGGAUUGUGGUCUCUAACAGGUUGUCCGAUACUUCAGAACCAUGGCAGGUAUCUCAAGUAUCUUGCCCUAAGCAGAUGCCAUUUUGUAGGAGACCCGCUGGUGGUUCUAGCAUCUACUGUACCGAACAUCACAUAUCUGAGACUUAACAAUAUACCUAGUCCACCUACUUUGGACCUUCUGGAAGGAUCCUUCCCACAACUGAAGACGCUAGUUUUGAAGAACAUGAAUGAUGUCAGCCUUCUGAAAAUUAGUAGCGGUGCACUUCCAGUCAUAGAAUGUCUAUAUAUCACAUCACUGCCCAAAUUGCAGACAGUCCCUCGAGGCAUCAAAUCCUUGAGCUCCUUGAAAAAGCUCUGGCUUCUGGGUCUCCACAGUAACUUCAAGGCUCGAUGGGACAUGGAGGGAAUGCAGAAGGAUCUACAGCAUGUUCUGGAGAUACGUACCUAACAGCAGAAGCUUUGUUUUUGUGUUUGUCAAACGUGAUUGCUCUUUCUGUAGUAAAAGUGUCCUAGAAUGCAACUGUAUCCACUUCAAAAUCCAUCAAGUUUGCAGUUAGACAUUAGGGAUUGGUGCAUUUGUGGAUCAUUUGUCAGAUGAUUGUUUCCGAAAUAAUAAUUCCGAAAACAUGGUUUACUAUCUUUGCCAUCAGUAUGCAAUCUAGACUUGCCAAAGUCGAUGUUCUUUAAUACUUGUUAUAUCUAAGUCGUCGGUUCAUUUAAGAACAUUGCUCUAUUUGUAUUUAAUUUGCGAUGUUAUUACUGUGUCAA